UGCUGCUGUUGUUGCUGUGAUGCAGUGCCGUUCAAGAACGACGCGGUGAAGAAGGCGGUGCUGCGCGAGCAGAUGAAGCUGGAGGCCACCAAGAUGGGCGUCCCCAUGGAGGUGGUGGCCGUCACGCAGGAGCAGCUGCAGCACGAGGCCGAGGCCGACGACCCGUUCGCCAAGAUGGUGAAUCGCGGCGCCAAGCCCGAGAGCAAGAAGAGUCCGCCAGUGCAGGCCAGCAGCCCAAAGCAGAAGAAGGCGCCAGCACCUGCAGCAGCAGUGCAGGAAGACGAAGAGGAGGAAGAAGAAUUCGAAGAGGAGAUAGCAGCACAGUAUGCACAGGACGCGUCCAAGGCCGGCGGAUCGUGCGCCGUCAUGUGAUUGUCCCCACUUCAACGUGCCGGUGGACGUUCUGUCCAACGUGCGUCCAACUAGCGAUAUGCGUGCCGAAUAUAAGUCGAUCUAUUUUUAUCCAAUCACAUGGCCCAGAAAUCGUUCGAUUGCGGUUCGGAAGGUGGCGUUACACUUCUUCCGGCGCUUCCAGCAAGCCGAUUCUCGGCUCGGCGCCGCCCUCCACGACGCGCCGCGUGACGCCACACCCGCCGCUCCUUAUUCCUCACCUGACUAGCAGCAGCUAGGCGCCUCCGCCGCGCUCGCCCGACCCCUGCAGCCCGAGAAAAGUCCGCCGCAAUGACCAGCAACGGCGCGCUCCAGUCGCCGCUGGUCAUCUCGACGCUGCCGCGCCCGCCGGCCACCGCCGGGGCCCCGUCCACAGCUGGCGGCAUCUCGGCCGCUUCCUUGUCGCCUGCGCCGUCCUCCGCCAGCGCGUCCUUCUCGCCGUACGCCAAGAACCCGGCGCUUAACGCCAGACGCGUCGCCAUGGAGGGCAAGAGCCUCUUCACGUGCCACCAGUGCGGCGCACUGCUCAAGUUCCAGUACAACCCCGUGUCCAUCGAGGAGAAGAUCAUGAAGCUGCGCUCCGUGGCCUACGAGCACCCGACGGAGGCGUGCGAGCCGCGCGACAGCAAGGGAGACGACGACGAGGACCAGAUCCCCCGACUCACGGAGGGCACGGACGCCGGCGAGACCACGGACGCGGACGAAGAGGAGGAGGCCGUGCAGGCGGCCAGGUCCUCGCUCAGUCAGCUGCAGCAGCAGAAGACGCCCGCUGUCGUGCCGGAUAUCGUGUGGGAGCGACAGCGUCUCGACAGCAGCAGCGACGUGGACGUCUGGGCCCCGGCCGAGUUCGACCUCAUGAACGGCAUCGCGGCGUUCACGAGCUGCAACCGUGGAGACAUUGGACAGAACAUCGCUGACGUGGUGCCCGCGCGACUGCUGAACAAGCCGCACCUGUGGAUCUCGGACUGGGAGGUGGAUCACUCGCUCCCGCACUGCGACGAGGAAGGCUGGGUGUACGCGGCGUCGUACGCGGACUUUGGCAGGAUGGAGGAGCCGCGUGUGUCGGAAGAGAAGCGAGCAGAGCGGAAGAGCGAAGAAGACGCGUCUGAACUGAAGAGCGAGUCGAACGAUGAACGUCUGGUGCGACGUCGUCGUUUAAUCCGCAAGCGCCGCAUUGAUGGCAGCGAUCUCAGCUGGUUCCAGGAGCUACUUGACUGCAGGUAAAGUCUGAUCACGAGCUGGCGAGGAGAAGCUCAUGGCUGACUGACGAACUUGUUUGUUGUGAAUCGGUGAUGACUUCCAGCACGCUCUUGCUGAAAAAGCGACUGCCAACUUGCCAUGAUUGCGAAGCCACAGUGCUCUCCCGAUUCACCCAGUACGUGGCAUUAUAUGGUACUGCUGCACUGUGUUAGAGAAAAUAAUGGUGGUUGUGACUGGUUUAUUAGGGCGCUGGAUGAGUUGGAAGAGGAUCGAGCCCAGUACGAGGGGUUCAUGACGCAGUUUACUGAAGAGGAACGUGCUUCUGCGCGAGCUUUCAGCGUGAAUGGCGACUACGAUGAUGACGAGUGGAAUGAUGACCCAGAGCUUCGCGCGCUGGAGGAAGAAGAGCGUCGACUAAAGUCUGAACUGGAGGCGAUCGAAGACGAGACCGCGCAAAUAACAGCGAAGAGGCAAGACUUGUGGUCCACGGGAACGGACCUUGAGCAGUUGAUUCACGGAACCUUCGCCGAGGGCGCCUACUUGCAGCACUUGCU